GUUCUUUGUUAAACAGGCUGGCAGGUGCAAAGACUGCAGCAGAAAAUGCGGAGCUGGAAGGUCUACAUCAAUCAGUAGAAAGAAAAGCACCUUCAUGGGAAAUAAGGAAGGUUUGAUGGCUUCACCAUGGGUCUAGCUAAUUUAAUAAAGAAGGUAUCUGCAAUGAUGUUAUGCAUUACAUCAAAUGUUUCAGGUAUUUCCCUUGUUCAAUUUCCUGGUAUAGUUGUGGUAAAACCAGCUCCAGUCUUCCUGGUGGGUUCAAACAUUUCGAUCACCUGUGUUUCCGGGAAACAACAUUGCAGUAUUGAUGAAUUUAAACUCGUUAUUAAUAAAGAGAAAGUACAAAUGAAGCGCUUUAAUAAUACAUCGGCUCAUUACUGGAUGAACAACGUUACGACCCACGACCUCAUAAUACACUGCUAUGUUGAAUGCGUUGAUGGGACCAAUAUGCUAGUGUGUCGAGAAAACCUUCAAUCUGGUUAUCCCCCAAGUCAGCCAAGUGAUCUGAAGUGUGUAUGGAGACACAACUACAUGCAGUGCAGCUGGAUAGCAGGGAAACAGACGUUUCUUGUGACAAAAUACACCCUUCACAUCCAAAGUGUGAAAACAGGUGAAGAACAGAGAUUUUCAGCAGAAUCCAGAGCCAGCAUUGUCACUGUCCCAGGACAUCAUCUUCAAGAAGCCUUGAAAUACAAGGUUUGGGUGGAAGCUCUGAAUGCAUUAGGAAAUGCAACAUCCAAGGAUUUAGCCUUUGAGCUCAAUGAUAUAGCGAUGCCUGACACUCCGAAAAUCAUAAAAGUUGAAUUUAUAAACAAUUCUGCAUCCAAGACCAUUAUUCAUUGGAAAAAUUCAACACCAAGUGCAAAGUAUGAUUUUGAAGCAAAAUAUAAAAUAAAAUCUGAUCCAGAAGUCAACUGGACUCUGGUAGCUAAAAAUGAUAUAAUUGGGCAUUUAUGCUAUCUCAACCACUGUGAGCCCUCCAGGGAAUAUGAGUUUCAGAUCCGCCGCAAAUAUGUUCAAGGCAGUAAGCAGUGGAGUGAAUGGAGCAGCUCAUUUAUCACCAUAUCCCCUGAGGCAGAACCAGCAGGAGUUUUGGAUGCAUGGAAUUUACGUGAGUCAGUUGAUCUGAACAAACAUGGAAGAAUAUUCAUUUACUGGAAGCCUCUCCACCAUCCUCAGGAAACCAGGGGAAUUAUUCUCGGUUAUCAUAUUUAUCAUGAACAAAACGGACAGAAAAAGAUCAUCCAGAUGUGUAAUGCAUCUGCAACCCGGUACAUCUGGCGAACACCAUGGGUACCAGACACUAUCUUUGUGACUGCAUUUAACUCCAAGGGAAACUCUCCACCCACUGUGCUCCACAUAGGAGAAGCAAAACUAAUGGCUCCCAGAAACCUUAAGGUGUUACCUGCUGGAGACUCUGGAAUAUUUGUCAAAUGGGAACCGCCGGAUGAAACCAGUGAACCAGUGCUGGCUUAUGUAGUCGACUGGAUCGAGGUAGCUGAGAGCAACAAGGAGCUGCUUGAUUGGAAAAGGCUGCCUUGGGAAAAUCACUCAUUGUUUAUGGGACAAACUUCCUCACCUCAGGAAUUUCUAAUAUCAGGAAAAAGCAUUAUGCCAAGGAAACGCUACAAUAUAUCUGUUACUGCAGUUUACCAGAAUGAACGAGGAAGAUCGUGUUUAGCCCAGGGAUAUUCAGUAGAAGGAAAACCUACAAUAGGACCAGAUGUGUUACUGAUGAAAUUUGAUGGAAGCCAAGUGCAAGUAAAAUGGGAGGAGAUUCCACUUGAAAGCCGGCAAGGGUUUAUCACCGGUUAUACAAUAUACGUAGAAAAGGGUUCAGAUGGAUCCAAUCUUGUUCAGUAUAAUGUCACCAAUGUUGCUGCAAGGACCUACUGGCUGACACUUGAAUUGGACACAGUUUACACCAUUCAUAUGACUGCCACAACAGCGGCUGGAGAAGGGGCGAUGGGAGCAAGGACACCCAUCAAACUUGACUAUCAUGGCAUUGCCCUUCCACUGCAGCUCAGCCUGGGAAUAAGCAUUCCAUCAGCCUUCCUUUUAGCUCUGACACUUGCAAAAUCAGUCAGGCAAAGAAUUAAAACAAUGUGCAAAGUGCUCUUGCCUGGCUGGGUUCAUGAAGAAUUUCCAGACGUGGAGAACAGCAAAGUGGCUAAAGAACUCGAGAAGAAAAAUGAUUUCCCCUUUCCAUAUUCUCCAAUGCAUCCGAUGUACAACGAUCCACCAAUCAUAGAGGUGCAGGAAGCUUUGUUACCAAAAAUCAACAUAAACCCAACUCAGAUCUUGCAUGAAACUUCUAAGCAACAAAGAGACCAAGGAGGUUUGGAUAAUCAAGAACUGGACACUCCAGAAGUUUUAAAUGUUGAUCAAUGUCAAGUAAAUGAGGAAGAAGCUGAAACUGUUGGGUACAAGCCUCAAAUCUCUACUUGUCAUGUGCCAACUUUAUCACAUAAUGGAGACCAAGCAAUUCAAAAGGAUGAGAUAAAUCAAGUAAAGGAAUACAAAGGCUUCAACUUACCAGUGUUUCACAGAACAGCUGAUAUUUCCACCAAUGGUAAUAUGAACAUCGAUUUGAACUCAAGCCAAAAUGUUGAACAAGACAAUUUAAAGUACUUGCUUAAGAUGGAAGAGGCUCACUUUGCACUUGGAGAGCAUCACAGAAUAUAUGUCACUGAAGACUCAUUUCAAGAGCAAACUCUACUACCGGAUGAAUUUAUUGAUUGUUUACUGCACCUGGAAGAACCAUCCACUGAUAUCAAGUCUUACUUCCCCCAGAUUGUGGCUAUUCAGUGACACUCCUUAAACGCACCAAAUUCCAUUCCUUACCUCAAGACCCAAGAAGCUAGAUUACUUCUGUAAGUUGUUGAAAUAUGUAUGGGCCAUUUCACUUGAGUUGUACUCUUAGAAAUUUAAAU